AGACUCUGGAGUCGAUCUGGAGUCACUUGGAAGAAUGCUUCUGCGGUGGGUUGCAGAUGAGAUGCCGGCAAAGAUUCCCCCAUCAGAGAUGGGUCAUGGAGUUCCGACGAAAAGCCAGCGAGACCAGGCGAUUUCCUGGAUGAUUAGUAAAACAAUUAGCUCAGCGGGAAAGAGCAGAUCUGAAACGUGUUUUGCAACCUCAACGAAGACAGAGGUUGUGGUACAUAGGAUCCUCAAGUUCUCAUUCUUAUCAUCAUUUUCUUCGAUCUACCAGGGCGAGGAUGGAGAUAUCGGGUUUCAUAAAGCAUACAUCCCAAAUUGUUUGAUGUUCCAGAAGAACAUAUGUUAUUUUGUUAGCCGUCUGUGGGGUUCAGUUCUUCUAAUUCAGACAGAUGUUAGGUAG